CAGUCGCUCAGCAUGGCGCUACUUGUGUUGGUGCUCCUGCUGGCCGCCGCCGCCGACGCGGGACGCGCAAAGCCUCGGAACGACGACUUCUCGCUUUGGAUCGACGAGAAACAAGUGCGGGAAUUCAGCGGGUUUCCUAUGGAGAUCUUUGCCAUCCUGGACGGCGUGGUGCUUCCGUACAUCCUAGACCCAAACUUCGAGAGGUACCUGCCCGUUAUUCCUUCUGGAGUACACUCGGUCAACUUCACCUGGAAGGCCGGUGAGAACAAGCACUACUAUUACGACUUCGACGUCUUGGAGUCCUUCGACAGCUCCAUAUUGAAGGACCCCGUGAUAUCCAUCGAGACCAAAGGAAAAGUACCCCGCAAAGCAAAAGUGUUCCAAGUGUUCCUGCCGUGCUGGGGCAACGUCACCGGAAUGGCGUCAUUCGGGAUCGGACUCCGCAUUGAGAACGAGAAGGGCCGCUACUUGAGCGGCACGCCACUUCGGCUGCGAUUGCAGAAACAAUGCGCCGACAACCGCCCGGACCCUGAAUGUGACCGAAAAUGCGCCAAUGGAGGUCGCUGCAACGCCGAGAAGAUCUGCGAGUGUCCAAAGCGAUAUAUGGGCCGCUACUGCAGGACAGCAGCGCUGUGCUAUCCACAGUGCAUGAACGGAGGAACGUGCGUGGCCCCGGGAGUCUGCGACUGCGCCGUCGGAUACCAGGGACCCCACUGCGAGGGAGGCAUCUGCGCAGAAAAGUGCCUGAACGGGGGAAAGUGCGUCCAGAAGGAUACCUGCUCCUGCCGACGCGGCCACUACGGUCCCCGUUGCGAAUACAGCAAGUGCUCCAUCCCGUGCCUGAACGGUGGGCGCUGCGUGGGCGUCAACCAGUGCCGCUGCACGAGGAGCUUUGUUGGCCCGCAAUGUGCUCACCGCGUCGACGCCACUGCAGCUGUCCAGAGGGAGCACUGCCAGAGGCGCUGCGUGCAUGGCGUCUGCAUCCGACACAACCGGUGCCUCUGCGACGAAGGAUUCUUUGGCCGGAGGUGCGCCAGGCGUAGGUAUACCUAGGAGGAAAGAACGUCGGAAAAAGCAGUUUGUCUGAAAGCUGCUCGUCUUCUAAAAAGUGACACUUCCGUGCACACACAGUGGGGCACUGCAGCGACUAUGGAAAGGACGCCACCUGGCCCAUGCUGCUAUGUGCAUUGUGUAAAUACGGUGCUCUUGUCCUAUGUGUGAAGUGUUUCUGUAUCAAUAGACAGGAACUAUGGCACCAACCUUCCAUACGCGCAUGUGCACAGGACGGAAUGUGGUGGUUUCUACCCACAGAAGCAGCCAACACUGACGUGCUUCAGAGCAUAAUGUGCCAAGUGUGCUGUGAAUAUUCAGUGAACGAGGUCUGACUAGUGCGGAACUGACUGCGACAACAACUCGCCCAUCUAGUCCUGCUUAUUGCAAUGGUGCUACUUGCGUGUCCACUGCUGUAAUCCAUUAAUUGACUUGUUUUUUUGUUCGCAUCCUAGUUUAGGCAAUUCAGUCGCAGUAGGCCUCCAAAAUAAACCGCAGUUUACAAAUGAAGCCGUGAACUGGUUUGUUGGCACUGCCAAAAAAUUUAUGCAGGCAACUAAGGAAAAAAAUAAAGUUGCAUUC